AUGCGAUGCGGUCCGGUGAUGACUGCGUCGCCAAGAAAGUCCAUUGUGCCGCCGCCACCAAUAGGCUCGCCGCGCCUUGCCCGAGGCAGCAUCGCAACGAAGGACGCUGGAGGUGCUCGACUCUCCGCUAUCGGCCGAAUGGCCCUGCGAGACAAGCCGAGCCAACAGCAGCACUCAGCUGCCCUCUACGGUGGUGGGCGGCUUUGGCCACGGUACGCAGAACAGGUGUGCGAGCGGCCGCCUCUGGCUCCUCGCAAGGAGGGCUCGCGCACCCUGGAAGCUUCUCCUUGCAGCCGACCGCAGAGCGCCCGAGGCAUCCCGGGCGCCACGACGCGCUCGACGUCGGCACCCAGGUGCCCCGCCGCGGGACAACGCGGCGCCUCGCUGCCCAGAGAAGGGCCGGCAACUCACCCAGGUCCCAGCGACCGUGGUCCGCCACAGAGGGCAGCUUCAUCCCUCGACUGCUCGGCCUACGACGUGCGUGCCGGUAUCCCGCCGAUGCAAGGUCGCGCGGCCAUCGCGAGAAACAUCCUCGGCCCAGGCGGCGCCACGGCCCUGCAAGAAGAUCUGGGCUACAAGAGGACCGAAAUCCAUGUUCCGCCUGGCCACUCGCUGGCGCAGACGGUGGAGAACCUCCUCCAGGGCCUGGCCCAGGCCUCUCCGGACGGUCUGCAUCGGAAGCCGUCCGUGCAAGGUUCCCUCCAGCGGGAUUAUAGCGUGCCGACCAUGGUCGACGAAGUCGUGCUCUACUCCGAGCCGGAAGACGACGACGCGCGACCAGGCCUCGGCUCCGUCCAGCCGCGGGGGCGCGCGGAGGUCAUGCAGCAGUGGCUUCGCCCAGAUUCCAUUCAGGCCGUGCGCUGUCGCGGCGAGCGCCGAGCCGAGGAGCGAAGGAGCGAAGCGCCCAGGCAGAAGCCCCUGGCGCUCCGCGGUGCUGCCCAGGCACCCGAGGCGGCCGCAGAGCUGGACUGGGGCUCUUUGUCAGACAACUCGCGCCAGGCAAUCAAGCAAUGGGUGACAGGCCAGCUGGGAGGCCGGCAUUGCAUGCUGGUUUUGGAGCAAGGUUGCGCAGAGACGCUGCUGCUUCCAUCGGCAUCAGAGAUGCUCGCUACGUCCGAUCUCCGGGGAGGUGCGGUGCUGAACGUGCUCUCGGGACUCUUCGCCGAGGGCGGCCUGCUGAACCCCAGCUCCGGCAGCGGCCUCUUCCAGGCCGUCUUCUCCAAGCAUCCCCUGCAGGUCCUCGAAGAGGCGCUGGAGCAGUGCCUGCUGGAAAUCAGCGACCCGCGAGUGGAGCGGGUGGCGGACCUCUCACCGGACCAGGUGAACCUCGCCUUGAAGCAAAUGUCGAUGAAGGCUCAAUUCGCCAGCUGCACGGCACCAGGUGCGGAUGCGGCUGCGCUCUCCGCUUCCAGCGACGAAUGCACUAAAGUGCAGGUGUGGACCGAGCUGGCACGGCUCCACGUAGAGGGAUGGCCCUCGCCAGCCCACGCGGGCCCCGUCCCAGCGCCGGCAACAUCGAAGGAGCGGCCGGCCGUGCCCGGCCCCAAACCGAACUCCGAGAAGGUUUUCGGUGAUGGCGGAGUUCUUAAAGAGCUUGGAAAAGAGGAAGUGGAGCUCGAGGCUGAGUCGCAGCAGAUGUCGCUAGAGACCCUGCGUGCCCAGAAUCGGCUCAUCGAGGAGUACGUGAUGCGUCUCGUGCGGCAGCGCGACGAGCUCAAGCAGGUCACGAAGAUGGCGGAGGAGCGCGACUCCUACCACAUCCUUGGGCUCCACGGCCCCUCUUGCAGCGAGGACGAGGUGAAAAAGGCCUAUCGGAACCUGGCACGCAAGGAGCACCCGGACAAGGCCGGCAUCGGGAACAAGCGGCGCUUCCAGGCGAUCCAACAGGCGUAUUCGUCCAUCCUCAAACAGAGGCAGUUGGGCGGAGCUGCAACGGUCGCGGCAGAGGAAGAGAAUCCACCUCCCGAGGAGGUCUUCGGCCCCUCUGCCAUUCUCGACGAGUCUUACAGAUAUGCGCAGGAGGCUCGCGCCUCUGCGGAGUGUGUGGCGCGUUGCGGCCACCGUGCUUUGAGAAGCUGGGACGAGGGCGCAGAGGGCCAUGGCAAACGCAGGGUCCUGCGCAGCCUCCGCGACCUCACACGCCAAAGCGCGUCUGAGCUCCGAGGCGCCGCCUCCCAGCUCCGGGCGCUCUCACACGCCUCGGCGGCACUGGCGAAGUGCGCCGAGGCGUUGCUCGGCGACUGCGCCGACCUUGGCGAGACCUUGAACUCCGCAAUGGCACUCCGCGACCGAUGCGCUAUGGCCGAGGAUGCAGGGCGCGCCUGCGGUGGAUCGGCCGAGCUCCUUGACAGGAUCAGCGAUGCCACGGAGGCGACGCUGCGGAAGGUGGAGAAGGCUUCGCCCGAGUCCUCGCAGGGGGAGGCCCGUGGACGAUCCGAAGAGGCGACGAAUUUGUUGCGUCUCGGAGCUCGGCUCCUCGCAGAGAGUUUGGCCCGCACCGCAGCUGUGGGGCGGCGCACAGCCGACGAGGCGAUCUCCGCCGCACUGAAGGCCUUGGACCUCCACCGGGGGAUGAUCAUGCUGGACAUCGAAGCCAGGAAGGAGCGCGAGCGCCUCUCCCGCCACCAGCGCUUCGACGACGACGACGGCCCCGUUGCCGCCGGAGCGCCGAGCUCAGGAUGUGGAGCGGCCGGCAAAGGAGCCGGGCGCGACCGGCAGUGCGCCAAUGUAGUCUUCCAUGUUCUCGUUUCUUUUGCCCAUUUCCGAAAUCCUGACAGGAACAAGUUGUCCGCAGAAAGCAGACCCUGCAGGGACUUGAAGACCUUCAAGCAGGGGGAGCGGCAAGGAAUGGGGCGGGUCUCUUUUGAGAGAGGCGACGCUGAGCUGGCCGAAGAAGCCGAAGCUCUGCUCGCGGCGCUCACGCCCGAGGAGGCAACCUUCGCUGGAGGCGAGCGUCGCUUCUCCUGGCGAGGUGUCGAGGUGGACUUCUACGAACUGGAGGAGGAUCCGCAGACCGACUUGCUCUUUGGCUACGGCCUUUGGCCGGUCGCUGCCACCCUCGCCAGGCUGCUGGCAAACACAGCGCUUGAUGGAGAGGUGCAGGGCCACCCGAUACCUUCCGUCAAGGGCAAGUCGAUCUUGGAGAUCGGGGCUGGCGUGGGCCUGCCCUCGCUGGUCUGCCGUGCAUUGGGCGCCGCACAGGUGACUAUCACGGACGCAGAGCUUCGGCUGGUGGAUGCCUUGCAGGAGCAUCACGGCCACCACCCUGAGCUUCGCUUCGCGGUGCUGGACUGGAAGCUCGAUGCAGGAGAGGAAGCGGAGGUCUACGACGUGAUUGUGGCUUCCGACAUCUUGCUCGCCUGCUGCGAGGGCCCGGUCUUCGUGCCGCAGCUCCUUGCCCGCCGGCUCCGGCGUUCUCCCGAGGCGCGAGCGCUGCUGCUCAAUGCUCAUCGAGGAGAAAGAAGCCAAAGGACAGCGAUGCGCGAGAUGCGGCGGCAGGGCUUCCUGGUCUCCAGCUUCGCAGUUUCAUCUUCACAGGAACUUCACAGCAUUUCAGAGGAGCGCUUCAGUGCUAUUCCGGAGGCCAGCGGUCCAGAAAUUGAAGCGGCAUUGAAAGUCAUUGUGCGGAGCUUGCACUGCCAAGUUCCCAUCCUUGCACCAUGGCUCGCAGCUGCUGCUGGUGGCGUCCUGGCCCGGAGCCGGGAGCCGCGAGCCACGAAGACAGCUGCUGACCUGGUGGCGAAAAGCUCCAGCGCGAAGAACCGACUUGUCCGCUCGAAGAAGUUCAAUCGGACCUCGUUUGGUCAAACUGCGCUGAUGGUGCUCUGUCUCUACUUGAUGGCCCAAGUUGCACAGAUCUCACAACACAGCUGGAUGAUUGAGCAUGCUGUCGGUGAAUUGGAAAAACAAAGCCAAGAGGAACACAGCGGGGCCGUGGAUGAGAGUUGGCUGGAUGCGCGCGCCUCUAUGUUCCAACGACAAGAGUCCGUGGAGGACAAGAAGGCACUAGACGAAUGUUACAGCAGUGAUCUGAGAUCCUGGGACCAGGAAUCGGCUUCCCUUCAGCGGAAGGCGACCGUGCCGGCAAGCUUGGCAGAGGCCCAAAGGAAGAUUGCGGAUGCAAAGAAGGAAAAGGCCGAGGCACAGCAGCGGAAGAUCAAAGAUCUUGCCACAGAAGCAGACACAGUGGAGGAUGCCGCCGCUACUCUGGCGAUUCUUGCAACUAAUGCGGCCAUGGAGUCUCACCGCCUGGAAGUGAAGGCAAGCGGAGAAGCUUCGGCCGCCAGUGACGAGCAGGUGGCCGCAGCGCUUGCAGAAGAAGAAGCGGAUGCUGAUGAAGCACAGGUUGCUGCCACCGAGUGGAUUCCAGUCUGGGACGUGCUCGAUGAUGUUGUUGGCGGGGCCGCGGUCCUAGGCCUGCAGUCGAAAGCUGCGGAGGAAGAGGCGUCAUCUUUGAGCAAAUCCGCGGCAGCGGCAAGGGACAAAUAUCGCGCUGCGACUGCAGAGGGAAAUGCUGAUAGAUUGAUCAAGGAGAAAGUGGAGAAGCAGAUGGAACGUCAGAGUAUAAGGUCAGAGGCCGCCAUUCUGAGAAGAAAAGCUACAGCACUCACAACUGGAGCAGUCGUGGGGAUGGAAGAAUUCACAAAAGACGAGAAGGAGAUGGACGAGAAGUCGAAGGAAGCAGACCGCCUCGAAGAUGCGAGUUUGAGGUCCAAACGCAACGCAGAGCUCUUGCAACUGAGAAGUCGGGACACUUCCAACCAGUCGACAGAUGCGCAGAAAAGGGCGGAUCACCUGAAAGACGAGGCAGCAAGCCUGAGAAGCAGUGCAGACAAGAAGCACAAACAGGCUCAAGCAAUGAGUCACCUGGCCAGCUGUCUCCUGAUUCUUGUCAGUUUCUCGGCGAUGAUGUUGAUGUGGUCCCUGUAUCCAUCAUUCUCGCGCGCAGAAAUGUCCAAUGCUCGCCAUUUACAACUCCCGCUUCUUUGGGAAAGGGCCUGGGAGAGGGACCCGAGGCGAGGCCAGUGUAAAUGGAACUUCGCCAUGCAGGUAUUGGAGAGGUGCACAUUUCUCAUGUGCACCCUGUGGGUGGGAAGUUACUUCGCCCAGAAUUACCAGAUCGAGGGUGUGUGGCCUUUUUUUCUUAAAGAGCUGUGUGCCAUUGGGGCUGUGGCCUUGCCCAUGUUUUUCUGCGCUGCAAUGUGGGCCAGAGCAGAUCUUCACAAGGCCGUGAGUUGCGGCUGCCUCAGCCGCGACUCGGCGCGGAAGCUCAUCAUUUGGGAGGGAUUGACUGAGUGGUUCUGGAGUGCCAACAAUGCUGUUGCUAUCGGCAUUCUGGUACUUUACUGCAGUCUGGGCUACCAUCGUAGCUGCAGCUCUCAUGGCAUGGAAUGGGGCCAAGAUGUCACGGCCAAUGUUCGCAUGUCCAUGUUGCUGCUUGGGCUGUCCGCCGCGAGUCUCCGAACAUCCUACGGAGUCUUUCGCUGCGGAUGUGCUUGCAACCUUCAGGUUCAACCACAUCAGCCCGGUACUUUGCAAGUUUUGGCCGCACGCUAUGGUUGGGUGUUCGUGGUCCUCAUAGUAGCAUAUGUAACGUACAGCAAGUUCGAACACUUCUUUUACUUCUGGGCAGAUAAUGGAGAGCUCCUGCAAGGGUCUGCAAUGCCCCGUGCUGCGCGUGCUGCCCUGCGGCCAGCAUUGGCCGCUGCAGAGGGAGUGCAGUGGGUGCAGCGCUUCCGCGAAGUUGGCCAUUUGUGGGCCAAGCUGGACCCCCUUGGCCGUUGCCGCGGGUCCCUGGCACGCUGCCCGGACUGGUGGCGCGAGGACCAGGGCCAUGUGAUGGACCAGCAUCCGCUUGCGGGGUAUGUGCCCUCGACCCCUUCCACGCCACCGCGGCAUCUCUUCGUGCCGAGGGGCUUGCUUCACGCAGAAGGUGGCCCUUGGUGGACUCGCGAGGAGCUUCUGCGCGUCCUCGAGGAUGCCUACUGCGGCCAUCUCAGCUUUGAGGUGAAUCAUUUGCCAGACAUGGAGCAGAGAAGGUGGUGGCACUGCGCCGCCGAGACGCCGCGGCCUCCGCCGCCAGCGUGGAGAAGGCGCGCCAUGCUUGCGAGGCUGCUCCGUGCCACGCUGCUGACGCAGUUCCUUCGUGCUAAGUUCCCGGCCACGAAAUGGUUUGGGCUCGAUGGCAGCGAGGUGUUGUUGCCGGGCCUUUUCCGCCUUUGCUACCGCUCUGCCGCUCGCGGCGUGGAGCACAUUGAGAUGGGCAUGCCGCAUCGAGGACGUUUGAACAUCCUGGCUAACAUCCUUGGCAAAGAGUUGAGCCAAAUCUGCUGCGAGAUGCGCGAGGAUCACAGUGACUUCCACGUGGGAGAUGUGAAGUACCACACGGGUUACGUGGGCGAGCUCCCGAAUCUCGAGGCCUGGUGGCACAAGCGUUUCGGAGCAUCCGAUAGCGACCACAUUGGCGAGAGCGUGCGCUCGCCGGUCGUGACCAUCACACCGAACCCCAGCCACUUGGAGAUGGUGACACCCGUCGUGCUCGGCAAGGUCAGGGCACUCCAGGACCUUGCUGAAGCUUCGGAUCGCGGCCUGCAGAGUGUCUUGGGGAUCGUUUUGCACGGCGACGCCGCCUUCGCCGGCAGCGGCAUGGCCUUCGAGGCACUCCAGUUCGCGGAAUUGCCUGGCUACGGCACCGGUGGCACCGUCCAUGUGGUCCUCAACAACCAGGUCGGCUAUACGACGACACCAAACGAGGGGCGAUCAGCAGCUCACCCGAGUGACGUCGCGAAGGCUUUGGAUCUCCCGAUCAUCCACGUCAACGCGGACGACGUCGAAGCUGCGGACCGCGCGUUUGGCUUGGCUGCCGAGUGGCGGGCGGACUUCCAGCGCGAUGUUGUAAUUGAUCUGGUGGGCUAUCGCAGGUUCGGCCACAACGAGACAGAUCGCCCAGAUGUCUUUCACCCCCUCGCCUAUGCCCGCGUGCGCGAGCAUCCGGAGGUUGCGAAGAUCUACGCUGCCAAGUUGGUAAGCGAGGGUGUUCUCAGCGAGUCCGAGGUGGCCGAGAUGCGCACAGCGAUCUGGAACGAACUGGAUGCUGAGUUCUUGGAGAAAGAUCGGCACAAGAAAGACGGAAUGGACUGGGUGCUCCGGAAGUACCGCGGCCGGAUUGACGAGGGCCGGCGGCCGAAGCAGGUGAAGGGCGUGACAGGCGUGCCUUUGGAGACGCUGCACAGAAUUGGCCAUGCCAUGACCGGCAUCCCGGAGACCGUGACGUCCCACUCCGAGGUCGAGAAGCUCCUCUCGAAGCGCCGCGCCAUGUUCGCUCCGGGGGGGCGCAUCGACUUCGCGACUGCGGAACAGCUUGCGUUCUGCUCGAUUUUGUUGCACCGCGACAUUUGGGCCGGCGAUGCAGGAGCCACCGGGAGCUGGGCCGUGGCCGGCAACGAGAGGCUGCCGAAUCGUAACGUCCGCCUGGCGGGCCAGGACUGCGUGCGUGGCACCUUCAACCAGCGGCACCUCAUCGUCCAGGACUCCGUGAGGGGCGCUGGCGUGUCGCUGCUGCCCCAGGCCCUGGCGCCAGGAAAUCAGGCGAACUUCUAUGCAUACAACAGCCCCUUGUCCGAAGCUGCAGCCCUCGCGUUCGAGUACGGCUAUUCUCUGGGUGACGAGGAUGCCCUGGUUUGUUGGGAGGCCCAGUUUGGAGACUUCGCCAACUGCGCCCAGGCCGUGAUCGACGAGUUCAUCGUCUCCGGGGAGGAGAAGUGGGGCCAGGCUUCCCGGCUCACCUUGCUGCUCCCUCACGGCUACGAUGGUCAGGGUCCAAACCACAGCAGCGCACGAUUGGAGCGCUUCCUGCAACUCACCAACGACGAUCCGAACCAUCUCCCUGGAAACUCCCCCGAGGAGCUGCGGGAGAUCGAGCGUGCCUUCGAGAUCCUCGAUGCGGAGGGCGCCGGCAUCCUGGAGGAGGGCGCCGUCAAAAGCUACAUGGAGAGACUGCCGGCGUUUCAGUCGCGCGAGUUCGAAGACGAGUGGGAGCUUUGGCUACGAGUGGCCCGGAACAUGAAUCCGGAGGCAACGGGGAUCACUCGCAGAGACUGGCGGAUGAUCAUGCAGCAGCUCUAUCGUCGCAAUGCUGAGAAGGAUGCUAACAUUUUCGUGUUGAACGUGACUACUCCUGCGCAGUAUUUCCAUGUGCUGCGGCGCCAAGCCCAUCGGCCCUUCAUGAAGCCACUGGUGCUAAUGUCGCCCAAGUACCUGCUGCAUCAUGCGAAGGCCACCUCGCCGUUGGAGGACUUUGGUGAGCAAAGCCACUUUAUGCGGGUGAUUGUGGACUACAGCCCUUUUGGAAAGGACUUCGCCAGCCGCUCAGACAACACCCGACAUCUCAGCACCAGCAGGAGCGGGCGCCCGCUCACCGAGCCGCCGGAGGCAGCGAGAGAGAGAGAGAGAGAGAGCGACUUUUGUCGCGCACCGGGGCUAAAAACCCCCUUUUCUAACUCUUUCCUCCUGGACGGAUGCACGUGUCUGGCUGGCGGGGAAACACCCCCUUUUCCCUUCAUCUUCUUGACCGGGGACCCCGCCAGGUAUGCUUUUCUUUCCACCCCCUCCAAAACGGUCGGGGGCGCACUAGCGCGCGGGGUAGGGGAGAACAUCCUCUGCCCCAUAGCCCUGGCGAAAGAAAGAGAGCGAGCGAGCGAGUGCACAAGAAGGCCCCGAGGACCGCCCGCAGAAGCCUCGGAGCCUGUGAAAGUGCAUAAGUGCAGACACCGACAUGCUCAGCUUGAGCGUCGGAGUGAAGCGCCGUUGCAGAGCUCGAGUCGAGGCCAUUCGACGCGUCAUUCUCUGCAGCGGCCAGGUCUACUACAUGCUUUCGCCGCACGGUCCUGCAAGAGCACAGCACUUGCAGUCACCAAAGCCGCUGGCAUGGCGCGCUUGCAUGAUGCCAGCGGCUAG